CUACUCUGCACACCGAGACCGUGACGGCUAAAGACCAGCCUAAAAUGACUCGGAUUACACACUGAAGAAAGCAGUGCGCGACAAGAGAUGAAAACGUAAUAAUAUAUAUCUCUCGAGUUAUUCUGAAUGCUACAAACUUCCAGAAAACAUUGGAUUAUUCGGUUUUUCAGUCAGCAUCGCUUGAUUGCCUUCAGCAGAGCAAGCACUUAACGGACCGAAGAGACACACAGCAGCGAAUGAGGGAGACGAUCUUGUUUUUUGAACAGGGAAACGCCAAGGUUUCCAACGAUAACUUCUUACUGCAGGGUUGCUGGAAAGCAGAGUGCAUAACAGCACACCCAUUUGCUCAUUUUAUCACUCUCUUAGUUUUGGAAAGACGACAGUAAAUUCAAAGACUUUAGAACUGCGGUCACGGAAUUGUGUCUGUAUAAAAUCUAGGAUUCCUGCAGUUCUAUGAAAUAAUACAAGUUCAUGUAUCUGGUGAUAAACAGUUUGGUUUACUGGUUGCUGUACGGGACACCUAAAAGACUUUCUGUGUUCUUCAGAGACUGAAAGUGAAAAAGUUACCCACCUGAGGGCGAAACUGACUAUUAACGAGGCACACUCCAGAGGACCAGAGUUGAUCCAGAGACAAAAUGAAGAAAUGUCAGAAGAGGCAGAAGUGGAUGUGAGAGACAGAGACACGCACAGAGACAGAGAGCGAAAAGGGGCAAGCGACUUGACUUUUAGAGACACUAACACUGAGAACUCCAUGCAGUUCGGGACCAGAACUACAAGCGCUGAGCCUGGCUUCAUGGGGACAUGGCAGAACAGUGACAAUAAUCUACUCUUCAGAAUGUCCCAACAGGCCAUCCGCUGCACACUGGUAAACUGCACAUGUGAAUGUUUCCAGCCUGGGAAGAUUAACCUGCGCACCUGUGACCAGUGUAAACAUGGAUGGGUGGCACAUGCGCUGGACAAGCUCAGCACCCAGCACCUGUACCACCCGACGCAGGUGGAGAUCGUGCAGUCCAACGUGGUGUUUGACAUCAGCAGCCUGAUGCUGUACGGCACGCAGGCAGUGCCUGUGCGGCUCAAGAUCCUGCUGGACCGCCUCUUCAGUGUGCUGAAACAGGAAGAGGUGCUGCACAUCCUGCACGGCCUGGGCUGGACGCUGCGGGACUACGUCCGGGGAUACAUCCUUCAGGAUACUGCAGGCAAGGUGCUGGACCGCUGGGCCAUCAUGUCCCGGGAAGAAGAGAUUAUUACCCUCCAGCAGUUCCUGAGGUUCGGGGAAACCAAAUCCAUUGUGGAGCUGAUGGCAAUUCAAGAAAAAGAAGGUCAGGCCGUGACUGUGCCAUCUUUAAAGGUAGACUCCGAUAUCAGGACUUUUAUCGAAAGCAGCAACCGCACCAGGAGCCCCAAUCUCUUGACACACUUGGAAAACAGUAACCCUUCAAGUAUACACCACUUUGAGAACAUCCCCAACAGCCUGGCCUUUCUCCUUCCCUUCCAGUACAUCAACCCUGUCUCCGCCCCCUUGCUGGGGCUGCCCCCUAACGGCCUCAUGCUGGAACAGCCAGGGCUCAGACUUCGGGAGCCCAAUCUACCAGCCCAGAGCGAGCCCAAUGAAAGCAGUGAGUCAGAGAUUUCUCUUUCACCUUACCGCAAUGGCCAGAGCCCCAAUCGCAGUGCCCUGAGCAGCAUCACCAACAUAGUGGAGCCCAAGUCAGAACCCAGUAGCAUUUCCCCUCUGCCGCCUCAGCAGUCAUCCACUAGCAUGAACGACCACAACCUGGUGAAGACGGAGCAGUCCAAGAGCGUCUCAUCCUCUUUCUCCUCCAAGAUGAACCGAAUGCGCAGGAUGGGUUGCACCUCCCGGAAGGGCCGGGUAUGCUGCCAUGCCUGUGGAAAGACCUUCUAUGACAAAGGUACACUCAAGAUCCAUUACAAUGCUGUCCACCUGAAGAUCAAGCACCGGUGCACCAUCGAGGGCUGUAACAUGGUCUUCAGCUCCUUGCGCAGCCGCAACCGCCACAGCGCCAACCCCAACCCUCGGCUGCACAUGCCAAUGCUGAGGAACAACAGGGACAAGGACCUCAUCCGGUCCAACUCUGGGUCUGCAACCUCUGUCAUCUCCAGCACCAAGAGUAGCCUGACCCUCACAAGCCCUGGCCGUACCACCAUGGGUUUUACCACCCCUCCCCUAGACCCAGUCCUUCAGUCAUCACUCCAGAACCCUUUGGUCUUUCCCUCUUUCAAGACAGUGCAACCAGUUCCUCCAUUCUACAGAAGUCUAUUGUCGCCAGGAGAGAUGGUCAGCCCACCAGUUUCUCUGCCCACCAGCCCUAUAAUGCCCACCACAACCACCACCAACAGUACCACCACGUUGAUGGACCAGCAACAGAUGUCCACCCCCAGCCACCUUCCUCUUACCACUGAGACCACAUCAUCAGCACUUAAUGUGGCCCUCCCAAGCAGCCACGACCCUACUAUUGCUGACCCAAUGCCCAAGAAAAAGCCUAGAAAGUCCAGCAUGCCGGUAAAGAUUGAAAAAGAGGUAAUCAAUGUGGCAGAGGAGUUUGAUGAGGAGGAUGAGGAGGAAAAUGACAAUGACGACGGGGUUGUUAACAACCAGAGCUGCCACCAUCAUCACCCUCACCACCACCGUCAUCAUCCACAUCACCACAGCAACAACUUUAACAGCAUCAAAAAUAAGAACAACUGUCACCACUCCUCCCAGGACGAGAUGAGCCCCGGCCUGGCAUUGAAAAGCACGUUGCACCAGAACCAGGAGGACCUGAGGAGCACGGGCGCAGGCUCCGAGAUGCGAUGUGUGGACAGCGUCACCUCCGAGGACCAGGACCAUGAGCAGGAUUUUGAGAACGAGUCCGUAACCUCAGAGACCAAGAUGUGCUGUGGUGACGAGUCAAUGGAAAUUGAAGAGCAGCAGCAGCAACAUCACCACCACCACCACCACCAGCAUCUGAGCAGCAAAGAGGCUUUGGAAAAGGCACAUCAGGAGCAGGUGGAGGAAGAGGAGAACCAUCUGAGAGAAAAUCUGCAGGAUAAGCACAAUUCCUACCCUUCCCCACACCAACCGGUCAUCAAGAUUAAAGAAGAGCUGGCUGACCCCACCUACGACAUGUUCUACAUGAGCCAAUAUGGGCUGUACAAUGGGGGAGGAAGUGCUGUGGCAGCUGCGGCUGCUGCUAGCAUGGCAGCCUUGCAUGAGACCUUUGUCUCCUCCAUGGGCUACGGCGGCAGCCCCCAGUUCUCUUCCUCCUCUUCUGAUGGAGACCCCAAGAUCUGCUACGUCUGCAAGAAGAGCUUUAAAAGCUCGUACAGUGUCAAGCUGCACUACAAGAACGUGCACCUGAAGGAGAUGCAUGUCUGCACAGUGGCUGGCUGCAACGCUGCCUUCCCGUCGAGAAGAAGCAGAGACAGGCACAGCGCUAACAUCAACCUACAUCGCAAACUGCUGACCAAAGAACUGGAUGAUAUGGGGAUGGACGCUCACCACACAGCCCUCCCCAAGGAACUCCGUGACGAGUUCCUGGCCAAGAUAUAUGGUGCUCACCACAUGGGUUUGGAGGGCAGCGGCAGCCGGGACGAGGCAAGCUCUCCAGCCGGCACUGAAUACUCACAAACCAACGGCUACUGUGGAGGCCCCACCCAUGACUACAUGGUGCUGGACCUCAGCGCCGCUUCCAGCAUCCAGUCCAGCAGCAGCAUCCACUCCUCACGGGAGUCUGACGAGGGCAGCGAUGAAGGAAUACUGCUUGACGACACUGACGGGGCCAGCGACUGUGAGGCUUCCUCCCACAAGGUCGAGGGGCUGGCUCAGGAAGUGACGGCGGAAACAGGAGUGGGCAGCAGCCAGGGUAUGCUUGAAUCCUCUUCUCCCACGCUCCACUCAGCUUCCACCAGCAACGGCGGGAUCAUGUGCAACAUCUGUCAUAAAAUGUACAGCAACAAGGGGACACUGCGGGUGCACUACAAAACCGUACACCUGCGGGAGAUGCAUAAAUGCAAAGUGCCCGGCUGCAAUAUGAUGUUCUCUUCGGUGCGCAGCCGCAACAGGCACAGCCAGAACCCUAACCUCCACAAAAACGUUCCUUUUGCACCUGUAGUAGAGUAGCUACCCCAAUCCCAUUUCCCUAUACUUGGACCAUCAAUUUAGACUUAAGAUUGGCCUCUUGCACGGAUGGCCUCUUUUGGAACUGCCAUAUAUAUUUUUUUUAAUAAUUAAUUAAACAACAUAUAUUAAAAAAAAAUAAUAAAAAAAUUCUAAGUGCUUUUGCAUUGUGACUAUUUCUGUUUUGUUUUAGUUUUUUUUUUUUUUUUUGGAAGCAUGGGAUGUGACUCACUGAGCAACAACUGAUGCCCAACUUACGCCAUCACCAUUUCCAUUAAAGACGCUCUUUUGCUUUAUUCAUUUCCAAAGAAACUGUUUGAAAUAUAUAUGUGACUGUUGCCUGCAGAAAUAAUAAUAAAAAAUACCUUCUUGAUGUCUUGUGUACUAAUAGCUUUUAAAAGAAACUUUAACAAAGCAUGACAGCUUCAUUUGUAAAUACUAUGCCCUGAGAGGCUAUGAUGUAAAACAAUUAUAUUGAUGGUUGUUAGCAUUAUUUUAUUUUACAGUCCUUCCAGCAUUUAGAUAGACAAGGAAGAGGUAGUUUGCAGCUAGUUUGAUUAAACUAUGUUAGCUUUAUUUUUAAAAUGAAACACAAGUUUUGAUUUAACUACCUGCUAGAUAUUAAAAUGGGUGCUGGCAUGCUUAUGGUGCCCCAGUCAGUUACAGUUUGUUUUGGGUUUUUUUCCCCUUCUUAGUAUUAGUACAUAAAUCCUGUCAUGCACUUUUCAACUCUAAGGGGAUGGGUAAUAUGACCCAUGUCAUUACAAACUACCGCCAUUAUUCAAAUCUUUCUUUCUUUGAGUUAAAAAAAAAUGUUUCUGGACUUAAUUGUUGUUGUCUUGUGGUUGGCCUAUGACAAUAAUACUUAAGGAAACUGAAGUAUCACGUUUGCAUAAAAACCGCCAGCUUUGCACAAGUAUUAAAAUGAAAAAAAAAAAGUUGGUUAUUAACUGCAAUGGGAGACCCAGAUUUGGUCAGGACAUUAUUCCAGUAUUUUGUCCCACAUAAUGUAUCAUUCAUACUUUACCUUAAAGGUAUUGUAGCCCUCUUGCUGUUGUGCAGGUGCACAGAAUACUAGCAGCAACCAGCAUCUGUAAAUACUGUAUUUCAGAUCAACAACGUCAAAAAUGUUACACAAAUUAAGGCAUUAGUUAUUUCAGGAUUUUUAAGGUACUUUUUUGAUUAUGUUAAGUAAAAACGAGUUUUGUCAAUCAUGGAAUACUGCACCUUUAAGAGUUUGUAGCACAAAAUUGAAUAUCAGCAAUUCAGUAUAUUGUCAAGUCCUACAAAACAGUGUUUCAGUAAAGAAAAAAUCUUUAAAAUAUUUACAGAAGCAACAAUGAUCAACUACCUUAAUAAGCUUUAUUAUGAACAAACAAAAAAACAACAAAAACAAUGAGACUUCAUAGCAGAGUGGGCAAGCUAGUCUUAAUCAAUAAUCUUGUUGUUUUUUUGCUUUAGUUUUUUGGGGGGGGUCUUUGAGUCUUAAUAUUUAAGUAAAUUACAUUUAACUACAGCAACUGUGAAGUAAGUAAUGUCUUUAUUAAUAAUAGUAAUAAUAUUAAUACUAACACUAAAAUAUAAAUGGCAAAUGCAGAAGCAAUUACCCUCUUAAGCCUCUGAAACAUGCAGUUAAAAUUAUUAAUACAUUUAAAAAAAAAAAAUCCUGCACAAGUUAGCAAUCUCUGUGGUUUGAGAUUGGAAGAACAGGCAGUCCUGCCCAGACCUCUUUUUGACUUGGUCUCACACUCACAGUCUGCCACAGUGGCUGCCACAGAAUGACGACUUUAUAGCGACCUUCACUAAAGUCACAUGUUUAGCCAAAACAGUGGUAUUGUGUGUUUAGGCUGAAACAUUCCAAAUAUAUUGUUUGGCUAGACCAAGGUGUCUAGAAAGAUGUUGAAACCAAUUCUAAAUCUGGUCUUGGGUUCCCCUUUGUUUUCCCUUUUCUGCUGUUUAGAAUUGUAUGCUGUUUGGUGCAUCUUUCCAAUUAGCACUCUUUGCUGAAGAUAAUUUGCCAAAAGAAUUUAAUAACUGUUGAAUUAUUGAAUCCUGUUAUACCAUGCAGUAUUCAGUGUUACAGGAAACAAUGUGAAAAACGUCACAAGGAACAGGUCUUGUAACUGGUACUAUACAUUGUUGUCAGUAUUUUGUAAUCUUUCUCAAUUCUAUUGUGCAAGAACAAUUCAUUUUGUAAAUGUUCUAUGUGUGUUAUUGUACAACCCAAUGUAGCAAUGCAUGAAUUGAGUACACAUCUUGACCAUUUUUACAGUUAACGCCUGAGAUAGAUCACCUGUACCCAGGUGGCUCUUAAUUUAAAAUAAAGAGCCACAUGUAUACACAAAUUUAAGUGCAGAAAAAUAUGCUUGAAAUCUUUUUGUUCCCUCCUAAAUGCUGGAUUUCUGAGUUUUCUAGAACUGCUAUCAUGCAGGUAUCUUUUGCUUUAAUACAUGCUUUUGGUGCUUUGUAAUGCAAAGGAAGGACUGGGAAAUGUAUUUCUGCAACAGGAAGUAUCAUUAAAAUUGCUGUUGCACAGUACCUUGAGGCACCAGUUCAAUUUUACCACUGAUCUUUCUAAUAACUCACUUGUCACUUUAUUACCUUCAAAGAUGUGAAUGUUGCUGACAAGACAGUGACACUAACAGCAAACGCCGUCUACUCCCCCUCCCUUCUCUCAGAUGUACUCUCCCUACUACUUAUUGCACAAGUCCUACAGGGACAGAGACUAAUAUUGUACGCUUAAGUUCACUACAUGGCCAUCAAGUGUAAAAGGAUGUGUAAUUGCCUGUUUAUCCCAAGUAAAGAGAAAAUUGAGUACAGAAACUCAGCCUGUCCCCAGAGCCGUUAUGAUGCUUGCCUCUGCAAUGCAGCGAGUCAGCCAGCAAAAAGUGCCACUUUGGAGCUCAGAGAGUAUAUCUGAAGCCCAGGGCUGCUACUCUUCACUCUCUGACGGCCGUUGACUUGACAGUAACACGAUGACUUGUUAACAGAGCCUAAGUGAUGGACAAGAACGCCUUCUGCAGGCAGCAGGCAGGCAGGCAGGCAACCUUGUUGGUUUAAUAAAACACAGUUGCUUUUAAUCUGAAUAUUAGAUGUAUAGUGUUUUUAUUUUUUUAUUUUAUUUAAUGUUAUCAAAUGAAGAACUAGUGCAUACCGGUGCCCCAGGGAAGUGCCCAUUGGCAUUUUUUUUUUUACAAACUGAUGGUUCAGCUGCACUGUCUGUUGACAGUUGUGACUGAAUUCUAUCAUGAGCGUUUGUUCAAAUCAGGCUGUAUUAUAUAAUAUGGCUUGUGACUUACAACAGGCUAGGCAAUUGUUUACAUGCCCUCAUUUUAUAGUGUUACUGGCCUUGGGUGUCUUUUUAAAAAAAAAAAUGGAAUGGUGGCCUAGCAACUAGUGUGAGAAGUUCCACUUUUAGCCUGCCCUUUACUGUUUUGACUCGCAGCCCCACCUCAGUUAUAAAACUGCACAUGCUUGAUUGUAAAUGGGAGGUGUCUCUUUUGGGCUGAUAACUGUUAAUAGCUACAAAGGCCAACUUAAAUUAAAAACAAAGCAUUUGUGUGGUGUUUGAAUCAUUCCGCAAUACUGCUUAAUGCCUAAGAAGUGUUUUCUAGUCAGUGGGCAGGCCUAGUCCUAGUUUAAUACUUGGUUUGUCAUGUGCAUAAAUGAUAGUUUUGGCAGUUUUAGUUGUCUUUUUUGUCUUUCUUGGCAAAACAUUAAGCAGUUUAUUUUAAGCAUAUGGCCCAAAGAGAUCCUGUCUGUCACGAGUUUCAUACACCAAAAGUAAAAGUAAUGGAAAACAUUGCAUCCCGGGCGAAUCCAUCUGAACACGAGGUGAAACAAAUAGCUUUUAGAAACAUUGCCAGGAGAAGUUGAGUGAGUCUUUAAUAUUUAACAAGGCCUUUGCCUACUCCGCGAUAUUGAGCACAACAACUGAGAAAGACAGCUACAAAAUAUGACAAUAAUGCAUUGGGAAAAAAAGAGUUGAGUGACCUAUUAAUAAUGAAAUACUCUCUAUCCACUCUGUUUAAGUCACUGGAGAGCAACAUUCAGCAUGAACCCCUGUAAAUGGUGCAGUACUGUAUGUGAACUGUUGUGUGUUAACUUUGCUCUUUUUAUUUUUAAAACAAUGGACUAGAAAAAUAGAGGGAGGGGGGUGGGGUGUAAACCAAGACAAGUAUUGUUCUUUUUAUUUGAAUGAAAAUGUAAUGUAAUGGAUGUUUGGUUAAAUUCUCUGCAUUGGCCACCAUGCCUCUAAAUUGUGACUUUGUCAACUACCUUCCCUAUAUUUUAAGAAAAGACUGCUUAUAAAAACUUAUCAAAAUCUUAGCAGCUGUAGUUAGUAUUACAUGUCUAUCAUAUGUUUCUAAUGAACUCCUAGUGCAAUUAUUUUUACACAGACCUGUUGUAGUCCAUUAUGGAAAGCAGUUCCCCAAAUGUUUACGAAAGAGUGUUCUAUUUUAUUUUAUUUGUUUCAUAGCAGUGAGCAAAUAAGCUUGAAAAUGUAAUUAUGUGAAUGGAAUUUUUAGUUUUUGUUCACACUGCAUAUACCUGUUUUUUUUUGUAUAUGCUAUACCUUCUUAUCCUGAUCGUACAGCUUGCUUCUUUAUAAAUGUUAAAGCACUGCGAUAUUCCUGUCAUAGCCCCAGUAUGCACCACAAACUAUAGCUGCACCAGGGGAAUGGGAAGCUUGUAUCACUUUGGUCUAAUAAUUGUGACAUUGGUAGCUUCAUGAAUACUGUAUGUACUCUAAUCACGUUUUAUCCAUUAGUCUGAGGGAAAAAAAAAGGUCCUCUUUUUAAUUUCAAUUUGCUUUCCUUGUAUUUUCUGUACUAUAACUGUCUAUGGUUUUGCAUAAAAUGCAUAAGGGUUUUGGGAUGUAAAUGGAAUUCUAUUCAUAUUUUGUCCAAAUACCUCUUGUAAUUUGUAUCAGAAUUCUUGUACAAUUUUUAUAUUAAAGAUUUAUCAGUCACUGGUAAUUCAGCAUCAUUAUUUCCAGUUGUGAAAGGGACUGUGCAACCUGUCUGCUGUUCCACAUUCACACUUCCUUCCCCCAUUGAUGCUGGGUGGGCAUUACAUUACUCUGUGAGAAAAACAGACAUGCUCCCGUUGCUGUAAUACAGUUCAUAAAUAAGUUCAAACACUCAACCACACAUUCUGAGGUUAAAAG